GUGAAAGCAAAGCGCGCACUAUAUAUAAGGGCUAAAGAUCUAAUUUAAAAUAAAUUUGCAUACACACUCGUUUAAGGAAUUGUCAACGUAAACUUUAGACUUAAAACAGGCGUCUUUGUAUGCAACAUUCAUUUAUUCUCCCGUAUCCCCAAUAUCUUGGCCAUUUUAGGAGGCAUAAAAGGGGAGAGAGAGAGGGGGGUCAUACAAUACUCAGUAUUUCCAAAAAUUCUUAAAUCUCGGAUUCAGUUUAGCACAUAACAUUGCUUUUUUCAUCCUGGUUAUAUACGGGAUGUAUAGAGAUACGAGAUACGCACGAAGAAAAUAUUCUAGUAACUGAUGUGUCAGAGGCGCGACGUAUUUUGCUGCAAAUCUUUCGGUUUCGGUUAUUCUUUGCUCUGCCUUUUGUAAGAAUGCAGUGACAAUUGAGAAUCGCAGAAGGAUUUCACACAGUUGUGGAGAAGUUGGGUUAGUCAACAUCACACUACAAUAUUAUUGCGGCUGCACAGAAUCAAUCGUUUAUGCAUCCAGACAAUGGAGGAAUGUGAUGAGUGGGAGCCAGUCCAGAAUGGUCCAGCACAAUGACACUGACCUCACAGCUGAGCCACAGGGUCCAUCCAAUGCAGCCGAGCUCUCCGCGCCCGGCCCAGUGGUACCAACACACUUUCGCCCCUUUCGCCACCAGCAGGACUGUGACCUCAUCACCGAGACCAUGCAUUACUUGACCCAAAGUGGAUUUUACUGGGGUCCUCUGGAAGUGGAUGAGGCACACGCACAACUGGCUAAACUCCCCCUCGGGACAUUUCUGCUCCGGGACAGCAUGCAGACGAAUGUGUUUUUCACUCUGAGCUAUCAGGCCCCAGAAGGCCCGACUAGCGUGCGAGUGCUCCUUAAGGAUGGGGCAUUCAGUUUAGCAGGAAGUAAACACGCGUUCCUGUGCCUUUUUGCCCUUUUAGCCUACUACAUUGCGUCCCCCAAAAAGAGUUUGAGUAGGCCUUAUCGCGGAGAUGCGCCACAGAGACUGCAAGAACUGGCAAGAAGGGCUGUAAUGCGUAGCUGUGGGAAAGAACACAUUCAACAGCUUCCUUUAAGCAGGAAUCAUAAAGAAUUUCUAUGGUUGUACCCUUUUAGUAUAUGAGUAGGCUAUGUGCUGUUGACAUGUUACGGAUGUUGACAUUGUCUUUAAGAAAACGUGUUUUUGUCAUUUCAUUGGAUUCUGAAGUUUGGCUAUAUGAACAUAGUGUAUUUAUGUGUGUGAAGAUAGUUUGGACUACAUGCAGUACAAAACAGUUUUAUUUGAAAUGCGGCAUGCGAAAACCUCCAAAUUGGCAGUUAAUGGUUCAUUGCUAAAUUUGUUACUUUUACAAAGUGUUGUAUGUCUUUAUAAGUGAAUGUAAAACUAUUUAACACACAAGACUGGGAGUAUCAAAUAUCAGUAUGGAACUUUUGGUACAUUUACAUGAGGUAGUUUGUGUAAUCUGUAUUUUGUAUUUUAUGGCAGUGUCUGCCAUGCAGACAUUUAAGGCAUUUCACUAGUUUGGUGUACAUUGGUGAUAUUUUGCGGUUGUACAAUAAACUUUAUUUAUUACAUUGAUUUAACGAUUUACAGUUGCGGUCGAUUUAAUUUACUGUAAUCUCUAUCUCUGUUUUUCUUUCACUUAGCAUUAACCACUAAAGCGUUGAUUGUAAUCUGACCCAACUAGGAAUACUACAAAGGUACUUGAUUCAAAGAAAUAGCCUCAUCUAGUGGAAGUACCUGAAACUAUGGAAGGGUAUCAGUCAGCCCAUCCACGAAUUAAGAAAAUAACAAUAAUCAGCAGACAAAACAUUUAAAGCUAUUGUAACUUUUUUAUUGAAAGCCACUAAAACAUCAAUGCACUAAAACACAUCUAUCAAGGUCUGUUGUUUUAUUUAGUCUUGGUGAUCGAAGGAUGGUCCCAUGUAGAUCAAAUUGAUAAAAAAGCAUGUCUGAUUUUUCUGAUGUGUUCCAAGUGUACUUUCUGAUUAUUGUAUAUUUGUGUGCUGUAUGUUAUUAUAUUUGAUGUUUUUACAUUUGCAGUGUGAAAAAACUUUUAAAUUUUUUUUUACAUGAACUAUUCAGCCAGAUUGUAUUUUUCUUAUGCCAUUCAUUCAUUCACGUUCUGUGCAAACAUAAUGGUUCUCAUAAAGUCUUGAAAGGUUCAUAACAAGGAAUUCAAUUUGUGAAUCUUCAGGCUGACUAUUAAGCAAUAUAGUCAAGAUUUACUG